AUGGCAAUGACGAUAAUUCCCUGGACGGGGUUUGUAAGGGGGCCACUCGUUGCGUCGAAAGAGACUGAUAAGCAGCGGGCUUACACCGUGAAAAUGGCGGCGGACAAUCGGAAACCAAAGGCGCUUUGCUUUGAAUGCUCAUUCGGCACUGGGGCCUCACCGGUGGCCGUUGGCCUAAGGACACACGGUGCUGUUAGGUCGUAUGCAAGCGACACUCUCAAAACAUCCAUUUUUGAAAUCGCUGUUAAGGCGAAGGAAUCUCCAGAUGCCGGGCCAGAGCCAGAAGGUGGAGUCGGUGCGACGGAGCACGAGUCUGGGCAGGGUGGCAGCGGCGGCGAGAAGCCGAAAGCAGAUGCCAUCAAGACCUUCGAUCCGGAUGAGCUGGAUGGAUCUCAGAUUGACGUGCCUCUGCCGCUCUAA